AUGGCCUGGGCACCGCAGGCGUUGGGACGAGGGCACAGGAGCCCUCGGCUGACGGGCAGUUUCUGGUUUCUCUCCUUGCAGCAGGGCUCUAAGUGCCACGAGUGGGCCAACGCUGGCGAGUGGGCCGUGUUCCUGAGGCAGUGCAGUCUGGAGCUGAGGGAUGGAGAACUGCCCUUCUGCGCGUCCAAACCAGAGCCAAAAGCCCCCCGACCCCGGCUCCUCCCGGGGCCCGCGGAGGACACAGGCGGCGCGGCCGCUGCCGCCGCCUCCGCUGCGGCUUCCCCGGCCCGAGCUCCGCCGCUCGGCAGCGCGGCCGCCGGCCCCGAGCCGCCGCUGUCCCGUGUCAGGGAGCGAAGGGCUGGCGAUGGCCGGCGCGGGGCGCUUGAGGGGCGCUCGGGGGCCGGUGCUGGCCCCGGGCCGAGCGCUGACAGCCGCGUCCCGCCCGCAGGGAAGGCGCAGCGGGGCCUGAAGGAGCAGUACCGGCUGGGCUCGCUGCUGGGGCGCGGCGGCUUCGGCAGCGUCUUCGCGGCCACGCGGCUCUCGGACGGCGCCCCGGUGGCCAUCAAAAGGGUGCCACGGAAGCGCGUGCAGCACUGGGGCGAGCUGCCCGACGGCACCAGCGCACCGCUGGAGAUCGUGCUGCUGGCCAGGGUGUCCACUGGCUUCUCCGGGGUCGUCCAGCUGCUGGAGUGGCGUGAGUUCCCCAACAACAUCGUGAUGGUGCUGGAGCGCCCGGAGCGGUGUCAGGACCUGCAUCAUUUCAUUCGGGCCCGGGGCUUCCUGUGCGAGGAGGUGGCGCGGGAGCUGUUCCACCAGGUGCUGGAGGCCGUGCGGCACUGCACCAGCUGCGGGGUCCUGCACCGUGACAUCAAACCAGGCAACAUCCUGGUUGACCUGGCCACCGGGCAGGCCAAACUGAUUGACUUUGGCUGUGGCACCUACCUGCAAGAAACAGCCUACAUUCACUUUGCAGGAACACGCUCCUACAGCCCCCCGGAAUGGACCCACUUUGGCUGGUACUACGGCAAGCCAGCUACCAUCUGGAGCCUGGGCAUCGUGCUGCACCAGAUGGUCUGCGGGGAGCACCCUUUCAUGUGGGGCCAGAAGAUCAGCUGGGACCAGCAGCUCUCGCUGCCACAACGGCUCUCUCCAGGGAAUCGAUGGGAAAGCUUAGGCCCAGCUCUGAGCACGUCCAGCAUGGCCUGGGCACGGGAAUAGUGGGGCAAAGGCAACAGGAGCCUUCUGCAGCUGACCGGCGGUUUCUGGUUUCUGUGCCCAGAG